AGUGUGCUCUGGGGACUGUGAGAGCGAGCACGGCUGGGCCUACCGCCGCGUGUCCCCGGCCCUCAAUGCGUACUAACGUGUGCAUCGUUUCAUGCGUUUUGAUAGGGAGGUAUGUCGCCGGAGGACAGUGUAAAUCAACAGCUAAGCUGGACGGGAAGGUGGUGGUAAUCACAGGAGCCAACACAGGCAUCGGGAAGGAGACUGCCAGAGACCUCGCACGAAGAGGAGCGAGGGUGAUUGUCGCUUGCAGAGACAUAAGGAAGGCAGAAGCUGCAGCCAGUGAAAUCCGAGCUGAGACAGGGAACCAGGAGGUCAUUGUGAAAAAACUGGACUUGGCUGAUACAAAAUCCAUCCGGGAGUUUGCUGAGAAAUUUCUAGCAGAGGAGAAGGAACUCCAUAUUCUCAUUAACAAUGCUGGGGUAAUGUUAUGCCCUUACUCCAAGACUGCUGAUGGCUUUGAGAUGCACCUGGGAGUCAAUCAUCUUGGUCAUUUUCUCUUGACCUUCCUACUGCUGGAGCGUCUGAAGCAGUCUGCCCCAGCCCGCAUAGUGAACGUGUCCUCACUGGCUCAUCAUGGCGGCCGAAUCCGCUUCCAUGAUCUCCACGGUGAGAAGUGCUACAACCGUGGCCUUGCCUACUGUCACAGCAAACUGGCCAACGUGCUCUUCACCCGGGAGCUGGCGAGGCGGCUGCAAGGCACUAAAGUCACAGCAAACGCUCUCCAUCCUGGUUCUGUCCAUUCUGAGCUGGUCCGGCAUUCAUUUGUAAUGUCGUGGCUGUGGAAGAUAUUCUCAUUCUUCUUGAAGACACCUUGGGAAGGAGCUCAGACCAGUAUCUACUGUGCAGUAGCAGAGGAGCUAGACUCCGUGACAGGACAGUAUUUCAGUGACUGCCAGCCAGCAUACGUAUCUCCAUGGGGUCGAGAUGAUGAAACAGCAAAGAAGCUCUGGAAUGUGAGCUGCCAGCUUCUCGGCAUCCACUGGGACUGAGCAGCGCAGACCUCAAGUGUGCACAUGGCUGAGGCUGAGUCCAGCCAUACUUCUCCUGGGAAGAGCACUGCUGAGAGACCUCAAGACUAAAACUCCAAUACUUCUGCUGCCCUAAUGAUGUUGUAUGGGCACAAUCUAAUGUGAAUUUCUGGAGUAUUACACUUCAGGAUGGAGAUUUAUAAGCAACCAGUCCCCUUCCUAGCUGGAGAAUUAGAGCACUGACACGGAGCAACCUUUGCUUGGUAUUUCACAUACCAGGCAGAAGCUAUUGUCCUCUGGCUUUAGAACAGAAAUGAAGGCUUGCAGUCUUAGGCUUAGAUUAUCAGACAGUCUAAAGAAUUACCUUUAUCCCCUCUCCCAAUACUAGUAAAUCUGUAGGACUCCCAACUUAUUAUCUAAGGUUAUUUUCAGUUUCUACUAUUUGACCUGUCAGAGUGAAAGUACUGUAGGGCGUUAGAUUUUCUGGCAAUUCCAUGCAAUACAGAUAGCUCAAGCAUACAGAUAUAGGUGCUGGCCUUUUUGGGCCAAUCAUUAGGUAAAGUUUGUAAGUGGGCUCAACUGUUUUUCUUAAUAUUCUCUGCUGGACCCUAGCCACUGAAGUAUCUUGGCCCCAGCUGCACACCGAUGGCAGUAAGAUAACAGAGGGUUGGCAUAUCUUUUGAGAACCCAGGUCUCACUGCAGGUGACUGGGAGGUUAAAAGCUGCAGGAGUGCUGCAAUUGUGCAUAGACAAGUUAUUAUACUAAAAAAUAUUAACACCUCUCCUGUGAAGCACAUGAGAUGUGAGCAAAGAUGGUGUAAAAGUUGUCACAAUAAACCCCCCCAGCUGCACUUUAGAUGACUUUAGAACCUAUAAAGGAGAGCAGAAUGAGUAACACCUGUGUUAAAAAUACUGAAACUACUUCAGCUGAUACUUUAGCUUGACAUGCCAGCAAACUACCUAGAGCUGAAUAGUUGAAGCAGAGCUCAAGACUGUCUUGACAGAGGUCAAGUUAGCUACAGGUCAGGAAAGCAAGCCUUGCACAGAAAUCCUUACAUUUGUCUAUCCAGCCAUUACGGGACGUGGCUGGCCAAGGCUGCCAGUCAGGCCCUGCAGUACUGUGCAGCUUGCACUUCCAGAAGGCAGCUGUCAAUCCAUGUAGUAAUGGUACUGCUCCCUUGAAACUCUAGUGCUACUUUGAUGCUAGACUAUGAUCCAUCAUCAGAUUGUUUCUGAAAGAGUUAAGCGGUUAGAAAACAAGUGCCACAGCUCGUAGGAGUAUCUUCUACUUCUGGAAAAAAACCAAACCAACCAACCCAGCUUGGAAGUGUUUGGACUUGCACAUAAGCGUGUCACUGUGACCAACUGCCAAUUUGGGGGAACAAAUGCUAAUUUUAUGAUUAAUUCUUUCUGCCUGGAGCCAUCUAUGCAGAACAGUCCUGUGCUACCUCUGAGCAAUACUAAAUAAAGCCAUUUUCCUUUUACAAUAGAAA